GGAGGAAGUGGAGAGUUCGCAGCAGGGCAUUCCCGACCAGUUCCCUGAAUUGUUGGAAGAUGAAGACCUUUGGAAGGUCAUGAACUUCACUGAACGCUUUUACUACGACGACGACGAAAACUUGGAAUUUCGUCCCCGCCUAACUAGCGUGGUCACCCCCAGUCUGAGCGCCACGGCCCCGCACAGCCAGCCUUCCAGCCUCUCGUGGAGCCUGGAGGAGCUGCAGCCACUGCAGCAGCAGCCCAGCGAGGGCACUUCUGCUUCCAGCAGCGCCUCAACACAUAAAACUUAUCCUAAAAUAUUUCAAACAUUUAAGAAAGACUUGUCUGAAGUGACUGUAGAUAGAAAUAUGUACCCAAGUUUGUAUCAAAAAGUUCAGACAUCAGUACAAACAGAAGAAAGUUGGCUUCAACAAAUUUCUGCUAUGGAGCCAAAAAAAGUACCACCCAUUGAAACAAAGGAGGCACAACCAGAGACUCCAGCUUCUAAGUUAAGAGGAAAGUGGGUAAUUAAUCCCGAAGAGCCCAAACUAAGUAUUUUGUGUGAGAUGGAGUUUAAUGAAGAAUUUAUAAAAUUGUUUGAAUCUCCUCUAAGAACAUUAUCCAGCAUUGGGCCACCACCCAUUCUGUCAUACAGAAAAAAUCUUCCUUAUCUAGACAUUAAAUUCAAGGACGAAGAAGAUCUAGUACCCAAGUGUGAAUUUUGUGGAAGUGAUCUACAAUCAUUCCUUUCUGAUGUGGACAGUUGUUCUGACAUCACUCACAUCGAACAUAAAAGGCGGGCCUACUGUUGUCUUCAGUUUCAGAAUCUUCUUGAUUAUAUCAAUGAGGAAAGGCUAAACAUCAAAAGAACUAAAACAGACUUAAUCAGUAUUGAUCCUCAUACAGCCCAUGGCAGUGAUGUCGAUAGACUCAAGGCAAAGGAAAAAGCCAUGCAGAGAAAACAAGAACGUCAACUGGCCAGACAUUUUGCAAUAGUGUCAAAUGAACAAAGCCCUCCAAUACCUGAAGAAGACCCGAAGCACUCGAAGACGAUUUCUUACCAGCUCUCUAUGAACAUACCGGAGAAGAAGACAGAUGAGGAUAGUGAUGAGAUUCAGAUCAGCAAUGUCUCCAUCAGCUGCUGUGAUUCCAUGAAAACAUGUGGAAAGGUCGUGAGGGAUGAGCUCUUGGAGAAGCACUACAAGCAUGGAAACAAGUUCCUCACCUCCUUUCCAGAUGGGACAACACAGAUAUUUUAUCCAUCUGGAAAUCUAGCCAUUAUCCAAGUGCCCAACAAGACAAAUGGUUUCACUUGUAUUGUCCAAGAAGACACACCCACCAGCCCUGCUAUCCUGGCACUGCUGGACUCCUCUGGGAGAAGCUCCUGCUAUCAUCCCAAUGGAAAUGUCUGGGUGUACAUCAACAUCUUGGGAGGCCAAUACUCAGAUCAAGCUGGCAACAGAAUAAGAACUUGGAACUGGUCAAGUUCCAUGCCUCCCUCAUCCUUUGUCUCGUUUAAACCCGUUUUUCUGGCUUUGAACCAUUACAUUGGAAUUCGCAUCCUAGAACAAGACAAGGUCUCCAUCAAUUUCCUAGCAAUGGGCCAACAGGCAAAAAUCAGUGUUGGAACUAAAGUAACGCUCCAUGCCCCAGAAGAGCUCCCAGCUCUGCGGUUCCUGAGUGAAGACGACCUUCUGCUGUUGGCCAGCUUAAUAAAGAUCCGGCGACUAUUCCAUAGGCUGGAAGGAUGCAAGAAUUUCCCCUCAAGUCAUGCUUGGGAAAAAUUAAAGCAACCUUCCUACCUUUCUUCACUCUCUCUAAAACUACUUUCCCUCUGUCAUAAUUCUGGCAUAAAGAAAAAUAUAAUGGCAACAAUUACAAAGCUAAUAAAGGAAAAAUAUUAAAGCA